AAGUAUAUUCAACGCGGGACUGUUUACUGUUUACGGUUUUUUUUUUUUGUGGUCGUCCCUCGCACCACCGUUAGGCGCCAAGCGGUAUCGGACCGAGAAAGUGAGAAGUUUCAAGUUUGAAAAUAUUAAGUAUUUUCUUGAAAACUUGAACUACAUUAAUUUUAUUAUUAGUAUGUUUUUCUAUUUUUUAUUUUUUUUAAAUCGUUUAAUUUAAACACUGAAUUUUAAACUCGAGUUUUGCUUCUUUUAACAUUGCAUUAUUGAAUCUUUAAUUUGAUAUUAAAUUUUAACAUUACACAAUCAAAUCGUUUGUAUGUAUUGAUAAUCGAUUGGUUGAUGUACAACUUACUAUUGUUGAUAUUCCAAGUGAUAUACCUUUAGUAAACAUAUAGACUGUGAUUAAAAUGGAUGAUAAUAUUGAUUUGAAAACUCCUACUGAAUCGAUUAAAACUGAAAUGGUCUCGACAAACGGUAAUGAUGUGCCCAAAGAAAAUUUCAGAGAUAAUUCCACUAAGUCUACACCAAUUACAAAUAAAAUUCCAGAAAAUAGUAAUCAAACCAUCAACUGUUAUUGCAAUAAAGACAGGAAUUACAAUAUUAUUGAACUGUUAUGUGCCAACUGUAAUCGUUGGUAUCAUGAAUCAUGUAUUGGUUAUCAACUGGGUAAAUUGGUUCCGUUUAUGGUGAAUUAUAUAUUUGUCUGUAAAAACUGUUCACCUACUGGUCUAGAAAGUUUCAAAAAAAAUCCAGCGAUGUUCCCACAAAUGUGUGUGACUGCAAUUGGAAAUUUAAUGCAGGAAACUAUUAAAAAUGGAAACCCUCAAAUUUAUUUCUCGAGGGAUAAAGAUAUUAUUCCUUUUAUUGAAUCACACUGGGAGAGUAUGACUACAACUGCAAGAAGAGUUACACAAUCGUGGCAUUCAACAAUUACGAGAUCAUUAGUAAAGGAAACAGACGUUUUAUUCGGUGUAGUAAAUGGUGAAAAUGGUUCCCAAUCUUAUAAGCUAUUAUUUGACAUUUCGCAAAUAAAACCAAAUUAUGAAGCGAUGAUUAAAGGAGGUCAUCUUAAAGUUACAGAAACUGGAAUUCAACCUACCGUCACAACUGGUCUCAAAGGACGUGGUGCUAAAAGAAAAACACUUGGUGAUGGAACUAGCGGGAUAGGUAGUGGUAAAAAGGGUAGAAGUGCUGGUGAUCAAUCAAAUGUUAAAUUGCCUGCUCAUGGAUACCCACUUGAACAUCCAUUCAACAAAGAUGGUUAUAAAUAUAUAUUAGCUGAACCAGAUCCUCAUGCUCCAUUUAGACAAGAAUUUGAUGAGUCUAAUGAGUCUGCUGGAAAGUUGAUUCCGGGAUGGUUAUAUAGACCCCUUUGUCCGAACCAAGUAUUAUUGGCACUACAUGAUCGUGCACCACAGCUACAUAUUUCUGAAGACAGAUUAUCAGUAACUGGAGAGAAAGGAUAUUGUAUGGUACGAGCUACACACAGUGUUGCGAGUGGAAAUUGGUAUUGGGAGACAACAGUUGAAGAAAUGCCUGAUAAUUCAGCUUGUCGUAUUGGAUGGAGCCAAGAAUUUGCAAAUAUACAAGCACCAUUAGGAUAUGAUAAAUUUGGUUAUUCAUGGAGAUCUAGAAAAGGUACAGUGUUCCAUGAGAGUCGUGGAAAACAUUAUAGUAACAGUUUUGGUGAAGGCGAUACAUUAGGCAUAAUGAUAUGUCUACCUAACAAUACGGUAUCUCUUCCACCAACUCAUAAAGAUUUGAUAUUGAUAAAAUUCAAAAGCCAUUUAUAUUAUGAAGAACAGUCUCAAGAUAGUAGUCGUGAUGCACUUAAAUGCUUGAAACCACUAGUUGGGAGUAAAAUAAUAUAUUAUAAAAAUGGAGAAUGUUUUAAUGAAAGUGCUGUCGACUUAUAUGAUGGAAAAUAUUUUCCAACAGUAUCUUUGUACAAAAAUUGUACCUUAUCAUUAAACUUUGGACCCAAUUUCAAAUACCCACCACCGCAAACAGAUAAUUUCAAAUAUAAAGGAGUAUGGGAAAGGGCUGGUGAAGCCAUAUGUGAACAAACUUUAGCUGAUAUAUCAUUUUUAACAAUAAAUGAAGGUAAAUUAAAAUUGAGCGAUAUAUAAUGAUAUUACUUGGUAUCAAAUUAUGCUGUUUUUUGUAAUAUUAUUUUUUUUAUUGUAUUUGAGUCUAAGUAAACAUAAAUACUGCCUUAUUCUAUAAGCCUACAAGUAAUCUUAAUUAAUCUUUUCUAUAUACUCUAUGUAAACAUGGUAAUUUUGUACAAAAUAAAAUAAACUACAGUAAAAAAGUAA